AUGCGCGCAUCGUCCCGCGCACCGACUGCAAGCCCCGCCUGCGUGAGCCUGCCAGCCCCGCCCCUCGUGACACUCCACACCACCAUUGCCACAUGCAUGCAUACCGUUCCCACCUCACUCCCACCUCACUCCCACCUCUCUCUCAUGACGCACUCUCAUCUCGUACCUCUCCCUCGUGCGACCACUGUUGUCUUCCCCCCCUCCCAUCGCGGUUCAGCAUGCAGUGUGAGCGAUUCCACCAUCACCUACACGCCAUGCCAGCUCGCCUCCAAGAAGCGCAUCAUGAAGUGGCAGUGGAUCCAGCCUCAGAUCUGUGACCCCUCCAACAUCACUCUACCCAUGGACAUGCCCCUUGACUGCGAGCCGUGCCCGGAUGGCCAGCAGGCAGAGCCCGACCCGCAGUCAGGGGAGAUCCGCUGCACCCUCUGCCCUCCCGGUACGGCGCGGCAGGCGAGCUACGAGGGGGGGGCGGGCAGCGCUGGCAGCAUGUUAGAGGGGCGGUGUGAGGCGUGCAGCGAGGGGCAGGUGGCGAUGAAGACCCUGUCGCUGAGGCACUUCACCAUGCAGCCCAACGGCGCCCUGCCCCCCAACUUCACCACCGGCUGCCAUGGCGACUGCGGCACCUUCGGCUGGAGGGCCUUUCAGGACCACCUCGACUCGGGCAGCGGCCAUGGCCCCACCGCCUCUAUAUGGCUGGCGCUGGAGGUGCACAUGGCAGUGCGCGGGUACAUGACAUUCAACUACUCCGUUGACAUCCUCCCUGGCGACCCGGGGCGGGCUUUCUUCUUCUUUAUCGACCAUGACCUCAUGGACUAUGUGGAGGUGACGUCAUGGACUAUGUGGAGCCAUUGCUCUGGCCGCACCACGAUGACCCGCUCAUACUCUUCCCUCCUCCCCACUGCCCCUUCCCUCUGCCAGCAACAACGUGUGGAGUGGGAGGAGGGCGGGGAGGAGAGUGGGCACCCGGGGUCAGGGGAGGAGGAGACGCGCAUGAGUGGCAUAUGGGAGCUGGAUGUGGGGCGCCACUCGCUCAUGUGGGUGUGGCAGAAGCUGGAUGACACCGGCGCUGCUACCAGGACCACCCGCGACUCUGCUGUCAUCUAUGACAUCCAUAUAGAGGGAGUGGCGGAGGGUGGUGCAGCGCGGUGUGAGGAGGUACCGCAGGGGACAACGCUAGCAGAGGGGGGCGACUCAUACGUGCCGUGUCCCCCCGGCACCUCCAGUGAGGGCGGUGCGUCCUCCUGCCUGCCCUGCCCGCCCAACACCUUCAACAACCAGCCCCAGGGGGCGCAGUGGGCGUGCAAUCCGUGUGGAGCGGGCACGUCAGCCCUGGCGGGCAGCACCGAGUGCUUCAUCGGAGACGCCACCCGCCCUGCCUCCUUCUGCACCUUCGAGCUCCCCACCGAUCAGCUGCCUCGCAUCCCCCACCUCAGCGAAAAAGCGGCGGAUGAACAGGCAGGGCAGGAGGGGGAAGGGGUGGUAGAGGGGGAGGAGGAGGGGAAGGGGAAGAGGGGGAUGGAAGGGGAAGCAGGGGAAGGGGGAGCAUUGCCCCCGGGGGGGACGGUGGGUGCUGUGAGAGGCAAUGAGACGGCGGCCGCAGUGGUGUUUGACCUCUCCCCCCUGUCCCGCAUGCACCCCGGCCGCAUUGCUGCUCCUGACUCUCUGCCUCACUGCAUCACUUCACCUCCUCCCCUACUCUCCAUCCUGCUCUCCAUCCUCCCCAUCUCCCCCACUCUCUCCUCCCCUCCCUCCAACACCCCCGCCGCUCAUCCAAUCACCCCACCCCCGUUCGCCCCAUGCCGAAUCCCCACCGCACCCCACCCCAUGCAGGUGGAUCCACGGGAGGCCACAAGCGGAGCACGGCCGGGGCAUAAUCUAGGCAGUGCAGUGGCUGUCUAUCCGCUGGCAGCCGUGCAUGCAGGGCUGUACCGGCGCGGGCUGGUGAUGGCGUUCACAGGGGACGAGUGCCCGCAGACCAACAUGCCUAGGGAGACCAACCUCACCUUCAUAUGCGACCCCGCUGCUGGCCAUGGGCAGCCAGAGGCAUGGACGAAGGAAGGGCAGAUGGCAGCACUGAACCCGGUGCUGGGGUACCCGCAGUACAGCCAACGGGGGGGAGCGGUGCAGCGCAUCGAGCACAGCGACUGCUCGUUCAGCCUCGUGUGGUACUCGCUGUUUGCGUGCCCGCUGUGCUCCCAUGAGGACUAUGAGCGCGUGGAGACGGCUGAGUGCAUGGAUGAGACAAGGGCCACCUUCAAGUGGAAAUUGCCCCGGGUGUGCCAGCUGAACCCGUUCAACCCGCUACCCCAAGACGAGCCGUGUGAGCCGUGCAAGCCAGACGACAUCAUCCGCUCGCAGGGCGACUGUGCUGACGCCAACGGCAACCACAACAUCACCUACUCAUGGCGCCAGCCGCACCACUGCAGCCCCACUCUCCCCGGCGCUGCCUCCCUGCCGGCACCGGAGCUGGUGGGGCCGUGUGAGCAGCGGUGGGUGUACGUGCCUUCGGAGGCGCUAUCUCCCAUGUGGAUUGCACUGUUUGUGGGCCUGACCGUGCUCAUUGUGGGAUUUGGAUAUCUCUCGCUUGUCACGUGGCUCCGCAGCCGUCGAUUGCGGCAGAUGUAUCAACGGCUGGUGGAGGCCGAGGUGCAGAUGGAGGGGGAUAUGGUUCUCCGUGCGGCCGCGUUUGGCGGGCCGGCAGGCAGGAAGGCAGGCAUGGGGGUGGGCGACGCGUUGGUGAUCCAGACAGCGCUCAGCGUAACACUCGCGUCGGCGGCGCGGCGAGCCGGAUGGAUCAGCUACCACCCGGAGAGGAUAGGCAACGAAAACGUGCGCAAGGCGGUGGACGUGGCGCUGUGGGUGGGCGACGGCAUCACCGCUCUGGGCUGUGCGGUGAUCGAUGCAGUGAAGAAGAUGGCUGGGCGCGGAGGAAACAGGCUGGGACGCCGGUGA